GGUACUGGAGCGUUACAAGCGAUUACAACCUUCUUGGAGGGGAGACUGGGUUUGACUCAAAAGAGACCAAGUUACCGACCUACUGGAACACAUCCUUCCUUCACCAAGAUCUGUCUUGGUAUGAAGAUCGGCCAACUGAUCAACUUCACUGUCAUCAACAAGCACGCCAACUCUCUGUACUCACAGAUCGCUGAAGGCAAGAAUCCGCACCGUGGAAAUAAUGAAAACGACUGCAAUUCUUGUGAUUCCAGAAUCGGAUUUGGAACAGGAGGGUAUCCUGAUGAUACCAACACGUCUGGAAACGUCGCUAGGCACUCAUCAGAUAAUGGAGAUAAACACCUCAAAGCCAUUGGUUACAUUCUGGUGCAGUGA